AACAAAAGAAAUUAGUCUUCUCUACAUCCGCAUAUUUCAUCCACGCUCUCUUCUUCCUCUCCUCUCAUCUCCUUUUUCAAUUCCCAGAUCGGAUCAAGCAAUUCAUCGAACACCUUCCGAUCACCAUCAAAAAAAAAAAUGUCAACAGUCUUUAACGGCGAUGAAACGGCGCCGUUUUUCGGCUUUCUGGGUGCUGCUGCAGCCCUAGUUUUCUCCUGUAUGGGAGCAGCAUAUGGGACAGCAAAAAGUGGGGUGGGAGUAGCAUCAAUGGGAGUAAUGAGGCCAGAACUUGUAAUGAAGUCAAUAGUACCAGUUGUUAUGGCUGGAGUUUUGGGUAUUUAUGGUUUGAUUAUUGCUGUGAUUAUUAGUACUGGAAUUAACCCAAAAGCUAAAUCUUAUUACUUAUUUGAUGGUUAUGCCCAUCUUUCAUCUGGACUUGCUUGUGGUCUUGCUGGUUUAUCUGCUGGUAUGGCUAUUGGUAUUGUUGGUGAUGCUGGUGUUAGAGCCAAUGCACAGCAGCCAAAGCUUUUCGUCGGGAUGAUCCUUAUUCUCAUCUUUGCUGAAGCACUUGCUCUCUACGGUCUCAUUGUGGGCAUCAUCUUGUCCUCUAGAGCUGGACAGUCAAGAGCUGAUUAAGUACAGUACUGGACUUCUUGUUCAGUCAUGCUGUGUAUUGUUGAAUGCGGAGUGAAGCAACGUUGCCCUUUCGCCUUGCUUUUCUCUUCCAUUUUUCCCCUGCAGUGAAGGGCAGAGAUAUUCAGGUUUAAAUAUAUUGCUGUUAGGUUAAGUGUGGUGAGACUCUGGUUUAAUGUUUUUCUUGAGAUACAUAAUGGUGGAAGAUAAUAAUUUCUACUGUAUUCAAUUUAUACUCUGCUGCUAUUUUUAGCACUAGGCUCUUGCAUAAUAAAAUUGCUUGUGAAGUUCUUUUCUA